AUGUCAGUAACAGUAUCAGAUCACGAUAGUAAAAAGAACUUGAAGAUAAUCUCUCAGCCUCCCACGCUUCGAAUUAUUCCACCAUUGAAUUUCUGCCCUGUAGAAAAGCAUUUGUACCGUUCCGGCCAGCCUUCCAUUAUAAAUCAGUCUUUCUUGCAGGAUUUAAAUUUAAAGACCAUCAUAUGGCUAGCAAGUGAGGAGCCACAGGAAGAUUUUUUGGACUACUGUUCAUCGAAUAACAUCGACAUUGAGUUUGUGGGGAUGAUGAAUGACUACAAUUACCAAAGUGUGAAUCCGUGGGAUGCCUUAACGGAAGGGACGAUCAAAAAGGCGUUGGAGUUGAUUUUGAAUAAAGAAAACCAUCCGUUAUUGGUCUGCUGUGGGAUGGGGAGACAUAGAACCGGGACGGUGAUUGGGUGUUUAAGAAGGUUGCAGGGUUGGAAUUUGGCCAGUGUAAGUGAAGAAUAUAGAAGAUUCACUGGAGCUAGAGGUGGCAGAAUCUUGGUAGAGUUAUUGAUUGAGAGCUUUGAUUUGGGACUAGUGGAGGUGAAUCUGGAGAUGAUACCUGAGUGGUUAAAGAAUUGA